GGUCUUCUAAUAAACAUUCACUAAGAACAUUUGUUUUUAAUUUUUUUAUUCAAAGAAAAGAAAAUCGUGAGCGAUAAACAGUAAAAGAAAGUCUGAACUUUAAAGAAUUCAACAUUAAAACCUUUGAAAAGUAUCAAAUAGUUAUGACGAAACAGUCUUAGGAAGUUUUGGUCUUCACAGAUUUUUUUUCGAUUCUAUUUUCGGCAUUGAAUCGAUUUGAAACGUCAGCAUGUCUUUAAGGUAUAAAACUACAUCUCCCUCGACACUUUCGUCACAUUCGCUACCCAACUCAAAACAUUCAGAUACAAUAUCAUUAAGCUCCACUGUGAGUGCUUUUUCUACGGGACCAGAUCGUCAUGGAUUCUAUGGCGGCACACAAUUCUCAGACAAACCGAAAGUGCCAUUAUCAAAGGCACAAAUUCUUGCAAGAGAAAAGAAGUGGCUUCAUAUGCUAGACCAUUGGUCAGAGUAUAUGAAUAAGAAUUACAAAAAGAUUCGCGACAGAUGUCGAAAAGGAAUUCCAUCAGCGAUACGCCCCAAGGCUUGGUUUUAUCUCUCAGGCGGACGUUCUCUACUUGACGCACAUCCCAAUGUAUAUGAAGAGCUCUUAGAGCAAGAAGGCGAUCCACAGAUAAUUGAUGAGAUAAGACGAGAUCAACACAGACAAUUUCCAAUGCAUGAAAUGUUUCUUGACGAAGACCGACCGGGUCAAAAAGAACUUUUCAAUCUUCUUAAAGCUUAUUCCAUUCUCAACCCAAAAACAGGUUAUUGUCAGGCUCAAGCACCGAUUGCUGCAUUCCUUCUUAUGCAUCUACCUGCAGAACAAGCGUUCUGGUCUUUUGUCAGUAUUUGUGACAAAUAUUUGAAAGAUUACUUUACACCCGGCAUGGAAAUGCUUCAACGAGACGCAAAACUCUUCAUGGCUCUUCUCAAGAAGACGUCGCCUCAAGCACAUCGUCAUCUUGUGAAAUCAAAAGUGGAGCCGUUGAUGUUCAUGACCGAUUGGUAUCUUUGUGCAAUGACAAGAACACUCAAAUGGGAUACUCUUUUAAGAGUCUGGGAUUGUUUCUUGUGUGAAGGAAUUAAAGUUAUAUUCAAAGUGUCAUUGGUGAUUGUGGGUGCAAGUCUAAGUUCACAUAAAGUGCGAAAGUCGAAUAAGGAGCUCUGUGACACUCUCAGUCUUUUGAAGUCACCGAAAGAUGUUUACAUUGAGGAAGAGUUUAUCAUGCACAAUAUCAUGAGGCUCAAUAUAACAGUCGAAGAUUUUAUUGUUGAGCACAAGCGAAUCGAAAUGCAAAUAAGAAAACAGCAACAACAGAAUUUAAUGUGAAAUUUCAAAUUUUUUUAAAUAGAAAAUCAUUUACCGAGUUUUAAACUUUGAGUGAAUUUUCUUUAAGCUUUGUUUGUGUCAUUGUGGAAGAUUUGGUGAAGCUUUCUUGCUUCGAUGAAUAGAGAAAAGAUUUUGAUGGAUGAUAAUUAUUUAAUUACUUUGAAAUAAAGUUUUAAUGGUUAUGAAAAACCACACAUAAAGAUACGAUUUCUUGAAUGAAUGAUCCCGAAAAGAGAAAAAAUUUAUGGAUUUU